AUGAGAUUACGACCGUUUCUUUCGCAUGUUUUUGUCAAGCGGUGUGUGAACAUCAGUUCUCCUUGUCGUACAUGUACAGCUUUUAAACCGAAUUACUUUUCAGACCAUGGUUCUUAUUUCGCCUCUAGGAUAUCUUUACGACAUCUGCACUUCGAUCCCUGUAUUUUUGCCAUACGUGUAGUUAAUGUACCUCCAUUCGCCGAAUCGGUCACAGAAGGGGAUAUUGUUUGGAAAAAGGCCGUCGGUGACACAGUAAAUGUAGACGAUGUGAUUGCGGAGAUCGAGACUGACAAAACUAAUGUCCCUGUCCCAGCCCCAUGUUCAGGUGUGAUAACACAACUUCUUGUUGAAGAUGGGGGAAAAGUUACUGCAGGUCAAGAUAUAUUUAAAAUAGAGGAGGGUGUUGUUCCAACUUCCACGGUUUCUGGAAAGCUACCCCAAAAGACUGCAGAAAAACAGCAUGAAGAGAAGCCUCUCGCCUCACCUCGAGCUCCUUCAUCAGUUACUCCACCUCCAGCAAUAGCUCAAAGUCUUGCAACAACUUCAUCCUUAUUCCCAUCUCUUGAUAGUGCACGUGCAGAACAACGUGUAAAGAUGAGCCGUAUGAGGCUUCGGAUCGCCCAACGUCUGAAAGAUGCCCAGAAUACGUGUGCGAUGUUAAGCACAUUUAAUGAGAUUGAUAUGUCAAAUCUUUUCGAACUUAGAAGUCAGUAUAAAGAUAUCUUUUUAAAAAAUCAUGGUGUGAAGUUAGGAAUGAUGUCUACGUUUGCUAAAGCCUCUGCAGUUGCUCUUAUGGACCAACCAGCCGUCAAUGCUGUCAUUGAUGGCCAGGACAUUAUAUACAGAGAUUAUGUUGAUAUUAGUAUUGCAGUGGCAACCCCUAAGGGUCUUGUCGUUCCUGUAUUGCGCAACGUUGAGAAAAUGAAUUAUGCUGAUAUUGAACGUGGUAUCAAUGACUUAGGUGUGAAGGCCCGUGACGGAAAACUGGCUGUUGAAGAUAUGGAUGGAGGGACUUUUACAAUUAGCAACGGUGGUGUAUUUGGCUCAUUAUUUGGUACCCCUAUAAUCAAUCCACCCCAAUCUGCAAUCUUAGGUUUGUAUGGCGUAUUCGAUCGACCGGUUGCACGAAAUGGACAAGUUGUCAUCCGUCCAAUGAUGUAUGUUGCCCUAACUUAUGAUCAUCGUUUGAUCGACGGUCGUGAAGCAGUAACGUUUUUACGUAAAAUCAAGGAAUUUGUUGAGGAUCCACGAACAUACUUCCUUCAGAUUUAA